AUGGCGUCUUUGGCAGCUGACGCAGCAGCAGCAGCAGCAGCAGCAGCAACGACAGCAACGACAGCAACAACAGCAGCAGGCACCAUAUCAGGUGGCUCACAUGAAGACGGCAUUCUCUGUCUUGCGGAGCGUCCUCGCCGUGAGGCUGAAGGCGAUGCUGGAGAAGGGCGACGUACGCGGCUGCGCUUGGGCAGCAUAUCUCCGGACUAUGGCGGUCACGAUGACCAUGCUCAGUCUGCUUCUUCACCAAGCGAUGUGGUUCCGGACUGGGAGCUGGACGGCAGCGACUCUUACGAUAGCGACGCCCUGCCUCCCCAUCCCGACCUAGCCGCCGACGCAGUGGAUCCCAUACUGGACGCCGCCCGCUCCAACGCCAACAGCAGCAGUCUUGACAGUUCUGCUGCCUCCGUUGAAGAUGACGCUUCAGUCACUUCGCGGGCCAGUCGUAUUGCGCUUGCUCGGGCUCUUCGCAUCGACGCCAACACUCUUGAAGCCGAAGCCGAAGCCAUCCAGCCCAUGGAAGCGACCCUCACAGAUCCUCUGCAGCAGCAACGCAGCCGGUUUGUCAUGGUCAAUUAUAUCUUUGUCAUGUACCUAAUGACCUUUCACGGGCUGUCCAAUACCAUUGCAACACUCUAUCUCUCCUUUGUGUUGCAUGUGUUGAGUCGCUUCUGUGCCUUUGCCAUUGAUGCUGGCACGUCUGCUGCUACCACUGGUCCGCCACCUCCGCCGUUGCAACCUUCGCCGCCGCCGCCACCACAGCGGUUGCCACAACCACUACAGACAUCAGUCUCAUCGCAGAUCGAGCACGAGCUCAUGUCGCAGCCAUCCGCGGUCUCGACUCGCUCCAUGCUUGCUUCUGCAAGUGGUGACACUCAAGCAAGGUCGUCGUUGUCGCUGCCACCGCCACCGCUAUCGAUGCUGGUCACUCCAGCGUCGGUGCGAUCAAAGCUUGGUCUGCACAGCGACUUUGUCCAGUACCUCGUGUGUCCCCGGUGCGGUGAGCUGAAGCUGUGGAGCGAUACCGAAGGCUCCUCGUCACAACAGAUCUUCUGCGCCUGCGGAACGGAGCUCCUUGGCGACACCGGUCGCCGUCCGGUCCAGCUGUACUGCCAUCGCACGCUAGAGUCCAUAUUCUCUGGCGUGUUGAUGGACUCCAGGUACUACAAUGCGCUGUACGACUGGACGCCAACAGCUGAUUCCAACACUGCUGCGAGCUCCACCUCCACCGCUCGAUACGCGGAGAUUUCAUCGGGAUCUGCCUGGUUGGAGGACUGCGGUGAUGGCGCGAGUGCCUGCCAAUAUCGCUGCCAGCUCGGCCAUGCCCCUUUCGUUGCGACCGGACUCAAUCUCAAGGUCACACUCUCCGUGGAUUGGUUCGGCCCGCACAAGGGGAAGUUUCACGAAUGGCAUUCGACUGGCGCUGUGCUGCUGAGGAUCGACAACCUGCCCGCUCGCCUGACGACCUACGACCGUCGCUGUCUUGGUAUCCAUCUCGUUGGUCUUCUUCCUGGCCCAAAGGAUACCACGGCACAAAACCUGCAAAAGUUUCUCAAGCUCAUCGUUGAAGAGCUGAAGGACUUCGACGGCGACGGCAAGCUGAUUCCCACCUUGAAUCACCCUGAAGGCGAGCAUGUCCAAGCGCGACUACACCUUGUCGUUGCGGACACACCUGCUCGGGCGAAGGUUGCCGGAUUUGCCCUAAAGUAUAAGAAGGGUACAAUCUGUGCGUACUGCCCGAAGCAAGGUGAACAGCUCGGCCUGACGGAUGACGAGGAGGAGGACGACAGCUUUGUCGGAAGUCAGCGACGUGGACCACCGCGGACGGCAGCAAGGUUCCAUUCGGUGGCUAUCGACCGGCUCACCUACUUCAACGCCGUCGAUAGCUGCCCGCCUGACGUUAUGCACGCCGUUCACCUUGGCCUAUGUAAGCGCUUCUGGCACCGUUUCCUGAUCGAGUCCUGCAACGAGAUUGGGAAGCGCUUGCCGGAAGCGCAACAUAUCAUUGCAAGCGCUCUGCUGCCGUCCAUUAUACAAGGUCCCAACAGACGCAUCGGCAGCAAGAGUGGCGGAAACCCAACUGCGGAGCAAUGGGAGGUGCUGUUCAGAGUCUUGCUCCCAUUCGUACUGAUGCAACUCUGGAGCACCUCUCUCUGUGGUGACUACGACGAGGAGCUCACCUUUGCCGUCGUCAAGCCUGGCGGCCCGCGCUCAGGGGUGCCACCAGCACGCUCAUCUGGUCGUGACUUCGCAGACGCUGCUGCUCUUCGCCAUCGCCUACCACCACCAUCGAACGCCGCUUUACUUGCUGACGCCAUCGACAUAGACGACGCCGCGUCCGAUGGUGAUGCGGAAGCCGAGGAAGGUGGAGCGAGGAGAGGUGGAGCGAGGAGAGGUGGGCGGCAACUUUUGCCGGGUCCAAAGGCCGUACGAAGCGUCUUCCGGUCUGCAAUGCUGCUCUGCAGCAUCGUCGAGCUGGUCAGCGGUGACCUGACCGAUUCUGAUGUCGACAAGCUAGCCGACUACAUCACCAAGUACAACCGUAGUCAGGCCAAGCUGCUGGGACCCGCGUGGCUGACGUUCAACAACCACAACGUCAGCCACCUCCCCUACUUUACCAGACGCUUCGGAUCACCGCGACACUUCUCGUCGUUGCCCUUUGAGCGCUACAACGGCAUCAUGGGCACGAUCCCAACCAGCGGGCACAAGGGUGGUGUGCUGGAGGCCACGAUCAUGCGCAAUGCUGCACAGAGGAACGAGCUACGACGGCUUCUUGCCCAGAGCAGCGAGCCCUUCAUGAAGACGAGGCUGCUUGGCGAGAUCGAGGGUCCUGAGCCCACGUCCUUACCAAGCCUCGACACUCGGCUCAAGAAGAGGAAGCUUGACAAUGCUUCCUUCGGCCUGCUCUUGGCUCACCUCAACGGAAGAGCAGAGCAAGCCCUCCCCAGCACCACCAUCGCCUCGUCUCCGCCGCGCUACACACCGUCUUGGGACACAACAUCUCCUAGUACCGUAGCACGCCUCGACACGACCGCCGAGUUCACUCGCACCGCGACCAUGGCUCGGACGCCUAACAAGGUCAAGGUUGGUGGUGUCGGACAAGGUGGUCGCGACAAUCGAGCAAAUUGCUGGUGUCUGGUGUCGGUGGAUGGCAAAGUGCAAGCCGCCAAGAUUCUGUGGAUCUUCACAAAGGCAGUCCGGCUGUCUCGCACCACUCUCAACACCGUGCCACAAACGUUCAUGCACGUGCGCUUGCUUGAGGAGGUGUCGCUGGACGUGCUUGGUGGCCGUCAUCCGAGCCUUGACCUCAUCGCUGGUAUGGGUAUGCGACUCACACUUGACAACGGCGGUGAAUACGGCGAGGAACUAUUGGUCGACUUCGACUGCUAUCAAAGUCAGCUUGCUGUUGUACCCUUCACCGCCAACGGCCAUCGCUUGCUUGGCCUCAAGUCACUCGGAGCUUGUGGAUAG